UGGGGAUAAGUCUCAUGUUCAAAGUGGACAGGGAGUUGGGGAUGAGAACCCAGAGCUUGGUGGAAAUGAGUUAGGGGAUAAGAACAUAGAGGAAGAGGAACCCCCAUAAGAAGAAAGCAGCAGAAGAAAAAGAAAGCAGCGUCCCGGAAAAGAAAAAGCAUUUGAAAAUGUCGUUCCAAUUGUCAUUACGGAAGUAUCCUGUUAUGAGGAUUUAUCCAGACAGAGUAGUCGACGCAGUACCAAAAGGCACUACUCAAAAGGAAUGGAUUAGGGAGGCUGGAUUUUCCACAUUUCUAGAUGUGAAGUUUAAUGAACUUGACCGGUUUUUUCUGUCGUGGUUAAUGGGUCGGUGGGAUCCUGAAACCCAGUUACUACGCAUUAGGGAUGAUUAUGAGAUCAAGAUCACUGAUGAAGUGGUGGGGUGGAUAUAUGGGCUGCCGUUCAGUGAUUAUACAUUCACUAUUGAAGACAGUGUUACAGAGGACAAAGAGUACAAGAAGCUGAAGACUUCCUAUUCCAACAGAGGGGGUAUAGGUUAUGGCAUUGUUCAUGCUGAUAUGACAGAGAAUCUGAACAACAAGGAGAGGUUCUUGCAGUCCUAUGUUUUGUAUGUAUUUGGCAACCUAAUAUGUACAACUCUGAACAAUUGGAUUAGUCCACUAUUAUGCUGGAUUUUGAAGUCGCGGUACCUGGAAGAUGCACGGAAUUGGAAUUUUUCAAAGUUUGUGCUUGACUGGAUGAUCAAGCAGCACAAAGAACUGGAUGCAGAGAAGGGUGGCGUCAAGGGAUCCCCCAUCGUGCUAAUGAUUACAUACCUUGACAGAUUGAAAUUAGGCGAUAAAGGGCAUCGGUGGCAUACCGAUAGACCAAGGCUUGGAAUGUGGCAGCAAGCUGAUAUUGAACGCGCGAUUCGUGCAGACUCUACUGCUGAUGGGUCGUAUGGUGCAACAGAGGUUGUUAGGGAUGUUGUGUAUGGGAAAGAAUACCCUAUUGGUCCGCGGAAGGACCUUCCUGUGUGGAUGAUGAGUCCGCCUCCUGUGAAUCCUAAAGUUACCGUCGUAGAAAGGAAAAGAAAGAGACGCAAAUGCAGAGCACAGGUCAGGGACUUGAAAGAAUACAAAGACAUUCAACACUAUAGUUCUUUCGGAGAAGAUGAGACAAGCAAAGGACAUGAGGAAGAGGCCAAUGUAGGACGAACUCAAAGGAGUAACAGAAAAAAGACAAAUAAUCAGGAACUUCGUGUAGUUCCACCUGCUUUAACCCCUGCACGGGUUACAAGAUCAAGAAGCAGGUUGAUACAAAGGCAAACACCUGUUGAAGGGGAUAAAAAUGUACAAAUGAAAACAAGGGAAACAAGCACCACUGGGAAAGGUGGCAGAACAAAAACAAAGGAUGUUAUCACAAAAAAGAAAAGGACAAAAGGUAAAAAGGAAUCAAGUGAGGAUGAUUUAAGCACUGAGAGCAACAGUGAGGAUGACGAAGCUGAUGACGAUGAUGAGGACAAGGAUAGGAAUACGGAGGACGAUGAAGAUGAUGAAGAAACUGCAAGUGAUGAUGGGAGUGAAGGGGGACUAGGAAAUAAUGGUGAUGAUGACGAUGAGCCUAAUAUAGAGGCCACAAACCCCAAAUCUGGGAAAGGAGAUGUGGGUGGGCCUGAUAAUGAAAAGAAUGGUAACGAGGGAAAUGAUGGUGAUGAAGAUAAAACGGUGGAAGAUGGUGGUGGGGAAGGCGGGGGUGAUGAUGACCGGAAUGAAAACAAUGCAGAACCAGAAGUGGACUGCGACAGCGAUUACCUGAGCGACAUUGAUGACAAUGAGGGCUUGCCCCAGAUUUUUUAUCACCAGAGAUGCAGCAUCACGGCGAUUUGUGACAGAAGGUCAAACUAUACUACGUUUAAGGAUCAGAUUUUGUUCAAGUGGUAUGAUGUAACAGUCAACCGUCAAUUGGUACACAAAGCAUGUAAGAAGAAGUCUCCCAUUCCAAUAGAGGUUAUGGACGCAUUUGCAGUUUACACAAACAAUGAAGACUCCGGUAAUGCAGAUUUUGGAUUGUACGUCUUUAGGCCAUCAUUUUUGUGCAACCUACUGGAAGAGGAUGCAAAACCUAAGCCUGCUGUUGAACAACUCUUGAUUGAUGAAUCGGAAAUGAUCGACAACUAUUUCUUGGCUGGAGGGAGAAAAUUCAAGGAUAAUCGGAAGGUGAUUAUGCCCAUAUUUGUCGAUGGAGGAUGGUGUGUUUACAUUCUCAAUGUGGAACGCAAAAAUGUAUUUAUAAUUGAUUUCCAAAACACGCCUGAAGAGGAUGAGGAUGAAGAAGACAAAAGGCAUGAGGAUAGGAUAUUGGUAUUGGGAAAAUACUUUAAGCAGAUUCUUGGAUUGACAGUCGAUGCACUCUUGGAAGGUCCGUCACCAGACGUUGAAACGUAUAGGUUUGUCAAGUGUGAGGACGUACCAACAGCAAAAUCAGUCCAUGAGACGGGCAUGGUUUGUAUCCUCUUCCUCUAAAGUCAAACCCAGUUUGUUUUCUCAUGGCUUCGUAUGUAUGAAAAGAAUGAUCUCCUGUUUCGAAAAUAAAUGAUAUGGAGGAUGUUAAUGGGGACGUGCAAUGAAGUCAAAAACAACCUAGAUGGUCUACUUUUGUAGAUUUGGGGACAUUUGAAGUAUGAACAAUUUAUUUUCUAUGUUUCAAGUCAAAUCGAACUAGGUAAUUUCUUUAAGCAGAAACUUUUAACUUUUUAGUCUUUGUCGUUUUUUUAAACAAGGGAGUAGUCUAAACUAUUUAACAUUUCCUCCUCUGUUUUUAAUUAAACAGCCUCACCAUGAAUUUCCAAAAAUCAUAGUAUUAUAUUUGGAGUCAUAUUAUUAUUUGUAGAAUCAUAUCAUAAAUUAGCAUAAUGUCUAUAAUCGCAUUUUAUUGCAUUUAGAAUUAGUUGUUAACAUUCUUUAAAUUACCACUUGGUUGCAUAAGCAAUACACAAUGAAAUGCAGAAAAUUACAAUUACACACAUCCACCUAUCAACAGUUGUUUUAUCCAUCAUCUUGAUUUGCAAGUCCAUGCUUGCCUUUUCAAUAAUGACCAAUUUGAGAACCAAUGACUCGGAAUAACUCUUCAUCUCUAAUAUUUUCUCUCGUAACAUGUUAUUUUCAACCUUAUACUUGUCUACCUCGCACCUCAACAACAUGCAUUGUUCUUUUAGUUGUGUCAAUGCAGUCCUUAAAUUAUUUGAUUCAACCUCGUUUGUUUCAUCUUCCCAACAAAAAUAACCACAGUCAUCAUCCUAUGCAUGAAAAUCAAUUCAAUUUUAUGCGUAUACAAAAUAACAGAAUUAUUUAUGAAAAAAAAAAUUGGGGACAUAACCUAACCUUCCAAUAUGAACAGCGGUAAAAUUUCCUUCCGGCGUUAGAUGUUUUUUUGCACACUAGUUUCUUGGCUGGUAGAUUGUGCUUGCAUGAAUGUAAGCCGGAGUCAUCGAGAUAGUAAGAAGAAGUGAAUGAUUCAUUAUUGGAGGAAGUUUCUUCAACUACAGUCAUCUUAACAUUCAAUUUUUAUAUGAAUAUGAUUGAAGCUUUGUCUCAAAGCCCUAAUUAUUUGAAUGCCAUUCAAUUGUAGCAAAAGAGUAAUUUAUAGACAAGGCUGUUGACCGUUGAUGAUUCAAAUAUAACAAGUGACCGUUGGAAGAAAAUAAUAUUUUAUUCCCAUGAUACAUAAAAUCAGAUUCAUGUUUAAAGUAUCAUUUUAUCAUUUACAGUUUGUUAUACCGUUUACAGUAUACAUACAACUAAUACAAUACAUUAGUGUACACAGUUUUGAUAUAACAUAUACAACAACAUAGACUACAACUUUGAAGGUACACUAUUGUGAGAACAACAUAUACCUAAACAUAACUAAUGAUAUUUGCCGUAAUCAACAUUGCGGAGUGUAAUUCCCAUAUUUCAUUGGGUAUGGCUUUCCAUAAACAACACCUUCAACAUCAUGUGAAACCAAUGGUGUAUGGUUAAUAAUUUUG